AUGUCUGGUAUCUGGAAAGCCUGUCCUCCUGGGAAGGAACAGAAACAUGAACUACAGGCCACGGCGGUUCGAUUAGUAGGAGAAGCAGAUCCAGAGGUUAGUUACGCUUGUGAACUCUUGUUCCUUGGCAUGAAAUAUAACGGCAAUCUCGGACAGACAUAUCCUAUUCAAAAAAAGUAUCAUUCGCCCGACUUCCUCAGGCAGAUUCCCCAUCUUCGGCUGCGGACUCCAUUUCAGUCGCUCCUGGCGCGAUUUCGCUCAGAAUGCAUCUAUCAGCUGGGGCAGACCUUUCGAUCUCAUCCCCAUGGGCACUUCGUGCAGGUCCAGCCACCGCUAAUUACUUCGUCUGACUGUGAGGGAGCUGGUGAGACAUUUACAGUUGUUCCGCAGUCAACAUCUCCAACAUCCGACAAAGAUGCAGAUCAUUUCUUUCGCAGUCCGAAAUAUUUGACAGUAUCAUCACAGCUUCAUUUGGAGGCGUAUGCAGCUGAAUUAGGCAAUGUAUGGACACUCUCGCCGACUUUUCGGGCAGAGAAGAGCGACACUCCGCGCCACCUGAGCGAGUUCUAUAUGUUGGAGGCAGAGGUUAAUUUUGCAAAUGACGUGGACACGCUAACUGAUUUGGUGGAGUAUCUGAUCCGCGAUUUGACGCGCAGAGUCCACGACACCCCUGUUGGGCAAGAGAUUCUGUCUGCGAAACGAUCGGGAGAGUCCGGUUCUGAUUCUGCCGAGUCUGGCGAGGGCCUCCGCAAGCGUUGGGAUGCCUUACUUUCCGAGUCUGCUUGGCCUCGGGUAACAUACACACGUGUGAUAGAAAUGCUUGAAGACGCCGUAGCUAAUCGCGGUGCUUCUUUCACUUUUCCGCCAGUGUGGUCAGAUGGUCUUCAGCUUGAGCAUGAGAAAUACAUUGUCGACCAUCUUUUCAGCGGCGUGCCUGUUUUCGUGACAGACUACCCGAAGAAAGUGAAGCCAUUUUACAUGGCGCCUUCUGAAGCCAGUGCCGGUUCUGACCCUGAUAAACCCACGGUGGCAUGCUUUGAUCUCCUGUUGCCUGAGAUUAGUGAAGUCGUUGGAGGCUCUCUCCGUGAACACAGGUUACCCGAGCUGAUCCAAAACAUGCGCGAGCACGGGCUUAUCAAGAAAACGCCGUUGAAUAAUCUUGCAGAAAAUGCCACUACAGAAACCGCCGCCGCCGAGCCCAAAUAUCCGUCACUACUGCCGGGUGAGGAUCUUGGUCAUCUUCAGUGGUAUGCAGACCUUCGUCGGUGGGGAGGCGCACCGCAUGGAGGAUUUGGCCUAGGGUUCGAUCGACUUAUUGGUUAUCUUACAGGUGUGGUCAGUCUUCGAGAUGUGGUUCCUUUUCCGAGGUAUUUUGGCAGAGCUGAUUGUUGA